GCCGUAGUGUGGAACCCGGAAACGCAGCUUCCGUAAACGAAACAUGGGUUGAUUCAUGAAGAUGAUCAUCAAGAGGCAUAGGCCUCUAGCUGCAAGUCUAUAGAGGAUGACUGGAGUCUAAACUAAAACGCAAAAAGACUUCCUGCACACUGAAUGAGUUGAUUUUCCAUCAGCCAUGGAUCGGGUGGAGGAGGAAGAGGAGCUGACCCUGAAGGAACCUAAGGAGGGGGAGGUGUUUACAUCUGUGUGCUGCCUGGGUUACCUGUCCACCAUCAACCUCCUUGUGGCCGUUUGCGUUGGCAUGUAUGUCCGCUGGGAGGUGACAGACGAAUCGAUGAUUCUGGUCAUCUUCAUCCUAGGCCUCUUCGUCCUGGGGAUUGCCAGCAUCCUCCACUACUACUUUGCGAUGCAAGAAGCCAGCCUCAGCCUGUACCAUUUGUGGUUCGGCUUUCUGCUUGGACUUUUGUGCUUUCUCAACAGUCCCACUUUGGGGUCCAACGUGAAAGAACUGGUCGCCAACUAUCUCCUUGUAGCCAGUGUAGUCAUGAAAGGAGUAUGGGCCGUGACUGAGCGCAUUUGUACCUCCGUUCAUUACAAGCCCACCUUGUUAAAAUCAGCUGAAUGGCUGGAGCUCCUGGGAUUUGGCAUCGCCAGCACUAGCAUGCUUCUCCACAAGUCGGUGGCCAUAGUAGGCUUGGUAGUUUCCCUCGGGGUUCUGAUUGUGGACUUGAGGAUGAAAUCUCUUCUAGCUUUCCCCAACCUGAUUGGUUUUGCCUUGAUUACCUCGCUUGUGUUUUUCCAGGCCUUGGGCCUCCCAGCAAACCCUUAUGCCUUAGGCUGCUACCUGGGCAGACUACUUUGUGAGCCUGUCAUGGAUGUUUACUUCAGUGCGCUGGGGCCAAGUGAGCGCUGGAUGCCAGUGCUCUCCCUUGGAAACAUGUGGCGGCGGCUGUCCCUGUUUCCUCUGUGUGUGACUGAGCUGGCCUUCUUUGUCUUUGCUGCCUUGAAGCUUGGCCACUUGGAGCUGUGGUAUCUGGUCAUCCCCGGCUUCUGCUUGUUUGGGCUUUUUUGGGCCAUCUGUCACGUUAUUUUGCUGAUCACAAUUUGGGGCUUCCACACAAAGCUGAGUGGCUGCCAGAAAGCCUGGAAGGCCCAUCGGUCAAGUAGCAGGAGUCUGGACCAAGUCAUGGCCUCCCGAGGAAUCCGCCACUUCUGCCUCAUUUCAGAACGCCUGGUGUUCUUCUGCCUGCUCUCCACGGUGAUACUGGCGGCCGUGUCCUGGCAGGCCUCCAGCGGUCUCUUCCUCAGUGCUUUGAUGAUCGUGCUGCCGUUGGAGUCUCUGACCUACAGCUUGUUCCAUGAGCUGGGCAGCUGCCUCGGGGGAACCUGUGUUGGCUACGCACUGGUCAUACCUACCUCUUACAGCAGUGCCGGCGGCCAGCCCGCCCUCUUACCACCUGAGCAUGUCCAGGAGUUGAACAUGCGCUCCACAGCCAUGCUGAACAACAUGCAGCGCCUCUUCUCCCACCACAUGAUCCAGACGUUCGGCUGCGACUACUCCACCAGCGGUGUGACCAUGGAGGCUGCGCAGACCAAGCUGUGCAACUUUCUGGACCUUCGGACGGCAGACGGGCCACGUCACGAUACGUAUUUGAUUUUCUACAGUGGACACGCAAAAAAAGGCUCCGGGGCUUGGUCUUUGACUGGAGGCGAGAGUCUCCAUCUUGGCCAGUUGCUGGAGAUGUGGAAGGAGAAGAACGCCGACCACUGCUCCCGCCUCAUCAUCGUUCUGGACACGGAGAACUCGGUGCCGUGGAUUAAGGAAGUGCGCAAGGUGGACGGCAUCUUUGUGGCGGUGCAGGGGGCCGAGUUGCCCCCCUUCAACCUGGACCCGGAAUCUGGGGACACCCCUUUGCUCGGGGACUUCACUUCAGAAUGGGUGGAGUUCAACUGCAAACCAAACAGUGACAACCAUUGGUCCGAAAAGGGACGGGCCGUAACAGCCAUGUACGGCGUGUCCAAGCGCUGGAGCGACUACACGCUCCACCUUCCCACCGGAAGUGACGUGGCCAAGCACUGGGAGACCCACUUUCCCAAGGCCAUAUAUCCCCUGGUGCACCUGUCCAACUGGUGCUGUGGCCUCAACCUGCUCUGGCUGUGCUGCGUGUUUCUGCGCUGUUUCAGGAGGUGCAAACUCGCCUGGUUCCCUCCAGCCGUGCUGGACACUGGACACGGAAUCAAACUGGUCCACUCAUAGUUGCCAUCAGAAAAUACACCUCAUUUGUAUUCAAUAGCUGAUUUGACUAUUAUGUACAAAAACACGUGAAAAGGUAGAGCGUUUACCCUUCAAACCCUUCAGUUUUUACAUCGUGUUUAAUUUCUGUGAUGCAAUACAAUGCUCUGACUAUAUAACAGAAAAAAUGUAUGAACGCCAAUUACAAUGUAGCAGUUUGAGCAAAUUCAGAACAAAAAACAAGGUGAAUUGAAUAAUUGUGGGAUAUUUUAUAUGGAAGGAAGAAAUAACCUUUUCAUACCUGGGGACAGUGUAAUUAUUAUUCUUAUUUUGAUUUUUGUUUACAAAAUUCCGUUAGGUUUAGGGCCUUUUUCUGUUUCUAAAACCUGCAAAAGUGCCAUUUUUAUCUUUAACUUAUUGCCUUAAAGAGAGAUUUUGGAUCCCCAUGUUUGUUGACAUCAAUCUUCAGUUUUUCUGCCUUUCCUGUUGGCAGCCUGAACUUCAGUUAUUUGGUUAUGCUGAAGCUUUUCCGCAGCAUGCUUAAAAUGGCUAUAAAUAACCAACAGCCUGUCAUUUUUGUUGUAGGAUCUUUAUCACUUCAAAGUACUCGAAUGCACAUCGUUUUACACUAAGUAAAGCUGCAUUGGUUGUUUUUGUAUUUCACCUUAUUUGCUCUAAUUGGGGGAUAAGAACCCUUUGGCUCUGUACAAAUGCAGUUCAGUCAGGUUUUCUAUCCGUUUUUAUUCGCCACGGUGGGAGGUGGUGGGUCGCUAUGCAAAGCAAUAAAUCAGCAGAGUCCUGAUGCUUUGCAUUUGUGCACUGAGCUUAAAAACCCUGUUUUCUAUUCGCCGUCUUGUGUCUUUGUCUCUCGUGGUCCUGACGCUGGCUCUAAGGGUAUUUCACUCUGUUUUCAAAGAGGUCAAGUUGCGUUGUUGGUACGUUAUAGCCCCAUGUGCCUAAUGUGUUUUAAAUUGUCAGAACAAAAUCUGAAUAAUAAACUGAAAACAAAAAAAAAGAUAUUUUCUGGUCAAGUGGAAUGAUUUCAUCUGGGAAAUACAGAUGGGAGGUGCGGCUGAUUGGAAUUUAAAAGGAGAAAACAAUAGAUCGGAUGCCUUAUUUUCUCCUCCCUGCUCUCCAUCAGCCAGCUUCGCUUCUCAUGUCAAAAGACGUCGUCUCUGAGGGAUUUGCUUCACUUCAAUUAGUCCCAGUGUCCAGCCAGAUAUGUUGAAGGUGCCGGGAGGUAUUCGAUUCUGGCUUCUGCCUGCGGCUCUUUUCACCAGGCGAGGUUCUGGUAGACGUUAAAGUGCUACAAACUUUUAAUGAAAACACACCACCUUUUUAAACUAAAAAAUAUCAAAGCUAUUGGUGCAUUGGAGCAGUUGUAGCAUUAAUGAAAACAUACGUACCAGAGGUGCUUUGAGGACUUCCUUUAGCAUUGAUGUGACCUGCAAGCUGCAGUUCUGAUGGCGAAGUUAGGGAUUCAUUUAGGGAAUAUCAGAUUAUGAGUCUGAUACAUCUCCAGAACUGGAUUAGGUAAUAAAACAGUCAGCUGCUUGUGAGGCCCGUGAGAGAAGCUGAGUCAGAGCCGCCACAGCAGGCGCUUUCCAACGCACACGUCAGCACUCAAACAUGUGUGAAUGCACCAAUUCAUCCUGUUUCAUCCGUAGCGGAGACUUGUUUCCAGCGAGUGGCUGUGUUUUUGCAUCUCCAGAGAAAGUUAGAACGCUUCAUCAUGGUGAUGUCAUUUCUUCUUUUAAAAAAAUAAAAAAAUAAAAAGCAUUUCUGGCAUUGAGGAUAAACAAUAAAUAGGGUGUUUGUU